GUUAAACAACGAUGGGACUUUUUAAGUUGGAAUCGGAGAUCCUUUUAAUUUUAAUUAAUUAAUUGGGUGUUUAAAAAUACCAAAGUAUCCUUUGGAAAAAACUGAUGGACUGGGUUCUCAAGGAGAAUCUCCAUAUAUUAUUUGGAGGAAGGAGGAUAGGGGUUCAAGUCAUACAAAAAGAAAAGAAUACAAACUAGGAAGAAGAAAAAAGCUUGAACUCUCUUUGGAUCUUGGAUGGAUUGCUCCUUCCUUAACUCCUCCAAGGUGAUCAAAAUUAGGAAAGAGCAUGAGACAUCGUGAACACAUACAUUCAAAAGAGACUAUGAACCGUCUCGCGGUGCCUUAAGACUGUUUGGUUAUGGAGUGUGGUGGUAAUUUCUCCAACCAAUAUGUGAAAGGCGUUGGGGCCUGGCUGUCACCUGUCCACAACCACUAUAACUAGAGGCACGUCCAAGUAGCUGGUCAAGAAGUCGAGCAACUUCUACAACUCUGUCUCAUCAACCAUCAUCACGAAACCCUAACUUCCAAAUUGGUACUUCUUUUCAAAUCCUUGAGUACCAUAUUGUGAGUGCAGGAGAGAACGUCUCCAUUCAUUGAGCCUCACAACUCCGUCUCAUCGACAAUCGUCACGACACCCUAACUCCGAAAUUGGUACUUCUUUUUCAAAUCCUUGACGGCCUUAUUGAGAGUGCAGGAGAGAACGUCUCAUUCAUUGUGCCUCUCAACCCUCAUUCCAAAAAUGAGAAACCACUUAACCUUCAAACUAGGUAUGAAAAAACAAUCCAAAUGCCACUAGCCAUGUGUUAGAAACCCAAUUUCUGUGGGUUUCUCUAUUUAUUUAUGGUAGGAUAAUUAUCGUUAUGGUUAGUAGAGAUUUAGUCGAAUUAGGUUAUUUGUUAGGGUUUACCGGUAUUUUUCUAUAAAUAUGUAAGUUGGCUUUCAUUAUGGAUCAGUUAAGAAGAAUAUUAAGAAUAAUUUCCAACCCUAAUCUCUCCCAAAACCCUCUCAAAUCUUAUCUAUCUCUCUCCCAAAGGCUUCGGCCUGUUCUCCUCAAUUCUCCCCAAUUUUGUUCUUCAAUCCCUAAAUCUCAAAUUCUACUAUCUAAAUCCCUAAUUCCUAUCCCCAAUUCCCUAAAUCCUUAUUCGUACGAGUAACACGGGUGUCGAAGAUCAUCCCUAGAAGCCCUAAGAAGCGGGUUUCUUACAGUGGUAUCAGAGCCCGGUUGCAGGCACUCUUACUAGAGCCAUGUCGAGAUUUGAAGGGAUCUCACAUAGAGAACUCACCAGGGUUCUUAGAAUGAAGUUGGAGACUGCGAGAGUAGAGAUGAGUCCAACCCCACCUCCAACUGCAGCAGUAAUCGAAGCAGUGGUUGUUGAAAUGUAUUUUGAAGAAUGGUUGGAACAACCGGCGUUCCCAAUCGAGUUCGAGCAAGGAUAAACCGCCGCCGCCGCUGUGAAGACCAAGAAAGAAGCUUCUGUAGCGGUUGCCUCUUAUGCAACACCACCGACACCAUCAUCACUACAUGUUCCUCUAUCCGACGCAGAUAGCAAGAACAACAAUCUGCUGCAGCACUUGAAACCGCCAAGGAAAGAAGAGCCAUUACUAAUGCUCGAAACCGCCAGUGCUGUUAUCACCCCUCCGCCAUUGUCGAAGGCCGCAGUCGUAGCCAUGACAUUGUCAAUCAAUUCGGCGUAAGGUGAGGAGAAAAGCUACCUCGAGUUCUAUGGAGAUAGAGGUUCACGAGAACAGGUGAGGAAAAAAAUGAAUUCGGCGGAACAGUCGAUGUUCCCACGCCAAUUUACGGUGUCCUGGAAAUUCAGGAAAAGGAAACGAGAGCUAUGGUCUGGGUGUGCAAAGUUUCCCAACUCCUCAUCAACCGAGCAAGCUGCUAUCGAUGGUAAGGUUUAUAGCAGGGAGAAACGCGGUGGCGGGAAGAUCUCCUGUGGCGCUGAAAUCGACGCCAUCUCCAGGCUGGUAGUUGAUCGCUGGGAGUACAAGGCUGGCCAGACUUAGGUCGCCGAUCACCAAUCUGGUGAGCUACUCGUCGGCGGGGCAAGGAAGAAAGGAAGCGGAGUCCG